UUUGCUACUGUUAUUAGCCGGCUGUUAUUCUGUGCAAAAACAAACUUAAAAUAAAUUGGCAACAAUUGUACUAAAUUGAGAUUAAAAUGCGUCCCAAACUAAGCAUAAGAGAUGAGCUUGAGCAGUUGUUUGAAAAGAAGUUCAAAUACCAGAAACCGGUGAACGGAACAGCUUGGACGUUGCCGACGGAGCAGGAGCUGCUGUUCAGUGAAUUCUAUCAGUACGAAUCUCUGCAGAAUCUCAAGGAACAGCUGAACACCGUGAAGAGUAAGCUCAAUAAUUAUGGCGUUCAGGAGUGGAGCACACACACAAAUCGACGUGAUCCGUCUGGUGAGGUUUCGUGGCGUCUCAAAAACGAAACGAAAGCGGAGUUUGUUACCGUAGCUUGGUGCAAGCUCUUCGAGUGUCUGCAUCGUUUCCCGGUGGUCACCCAACCGAAGUUAAAUAGCUUGCAUCUUUGUGAGGCGCCCGGUGCGUUUAUUGCAUCUCUCAAUCAUUACUUGCACUCACAGCACAAACCCGAUGAGAUUAAAUGGAACUGGCGGUCGACCACCUUGAAUCCCUAUUACGAAGGUAACGCUCUCAAUGAGAUGAUAACCGAUGACCGCUUCAUCUUUCACACGCUCGACAAUUGGCUUUUCCACAAGGAUUUCACGGGCAAUCUGCUGAGCUUGGACAACAUUGAUCACAUGACGCAAUGUUGCACACAAGACUUCCCUGACGGUGUACAACUAAUUACUGCAGAUGGUUCCAUUGAUUGCUCCGCCCAGCCCGACUGCCAGGAGGAGAUUGUGGCGCGUCUAUUCUUCGCCGAGAUUGUUAGUGCACUCAGCAUUCUCAGCCAAGGCGGCAACUUUGUGAUCAAAAUGUUUACACUUUUCGAGGCGUGCAGCGUAUCCGUGCUCUACAUGCUCAACUGCAUCUUCCAGCACGUUCACAUAUACAAGCCAGCGACGUCCAAGCGCGGCAACUCCGAAGUCUAUGUGAUUUGCUUGAAUUAUCAGCGGGAAACAACUGGUCUGUCGCGUCUCCUGGAAGCGCUGCGCGAGAAGCUGGCACAGCCCAACGAUGCCAUGAUUAUGCCGUUGUUUAGCAAAGCCCAGAUACCGAAAGACUUUCUGCUGCAGCACGAAAUUGGUUGUCGUCUCUACCUCAAGCUGCAGGUGGAUGCCAUCGAAGGCAGCAUCUAUGCCUACGAAUCCAAGGACCGUCAGUAUUUGCGCCAUUUGCAUCAGCUACGUGGCGUUGUCUCUGCCAUGUACUACAACCGUUAUAAGGUGCGUCCUCUUGCCCCGGAGUUGUGCAUUGUCAAGCAGCAGAAUAUGUCCGAAUCGUUGGGCUUUACAGUGCCCAUCUAUGGCGGUUCCUACACAGAACGUGAGGUGCUGCGUCAAGGUGAUCUACUCAAGCAAAUAUAUUGCCUCCGCCGCGAAUUCAAUCAGCUGGAAAAGUGUCCCACGGCCAAGCGAAGCUACUCACACGUAAAAACCCUCGGUCAGCAGUUGCAACUACAACCGAAUCGUGGUGCUCCAGUGCAGCAGCUGCAGAGCAGUCUGUUUGCCUCGGAGCCGGUGUUGUUGCUGCGUUUGCGCAUAUGCGACACCUUUGAUCUGGAUCCGUUGUGGCAAACGGCAGCCAAGUGUCGCUUCUACGAUAUCGAAGGCUGCCUAAUAAACACAUUGAACUACGCACCGUUGUGCGUUGAUGAUGACUCAGUCAUAAUGUUUCAGCAAGUUCAGCGGCGUUUUUUCGUUAAGCUGCUUGAGUCAUUGCUGGCGUUGCGACCACACAAGGUUGUGUUCGAUAAUUGCCUAAUCCUCAGUCAUUUUGCGGCCUCGCUGCUUUUGUUCCUGGCCGAGUUUUGUUACCAAGCGAUGGAAAUCGAUAAUGUCAUCACGUUGAACGGCAUAUUGCAAGCACAAGAGCAAUUGGAGCAACUGCAGCAGCUGCUGCUUGAAGAUGAACAACAGGAAAAGGAGCAACACCCGCUGGUGCUGCACAGUGUGCUUCAUCUGCGGCAGCUGCAGAAGAAUCCGUUUAGCAAUGCUCUUAUUUUGCACAACAACAGCGUACUUGUUGCCUGCUAUCGUCGCAUGCUGGGCGAGGAUUCGUUUCCACGACGCAUGGACGUGGAGCAGGAUCUUGAGAUGAAAGAGACUGAUACAUUGAGUGUUAAUUAA